GGCUUUCAUGCUCGCAUCUCUUUGUGUCUCCAAGAAUGGAGGUUCUCUGCUUCACUUCUUCACCUGGUGUUCCUUUAUCUCGCAGCAAACCCCACCACUCUCCCUUCCCACCCAUGAUCAGAACCUUAACCCUAAACAAAUACCACAAAACCCGACCCUCCAGUGUUGUUACUACAACGUUGACAAACCCUGCGCUGCAGAACUCCCACAAGUCCUUAAGGCUUGCUCCUCUAAUUGAUACUACGCGACCUGAGACCUCAGAUCAUAUGCCGCCCCAGUUGAUGAAAGUCUCGGCUGAGUCUUUAGUGUAUGAGAGUGGCUUUCUCGGUGUUGCGCUUGAAAAGUUGACGGCGGCCGCCGGAGAUGGUGGGGAUGGGUUCCAGCAUGCCAUCGGUUACUUGCCCAGGAUAUUGUCGUCUAAGGUUUAUGAUAUUGCGAUCGAGACACCAAUGGAGUAUGCUUCAAAGCUCUCUGAGAGGCUUGGUGUCCAUAUUUGGCUCAAGAGAGAGGAUCUUCAACCUGGAGUAUUCUCCUUCAAGCUGAGGGGAGCUUACAACAUGAUGGCCAAGCUUUCAAGGGAACAGUUGGAUAGGGGAGUCAUUUGUUCAUCUGCAGGGAACCAUGCCCAAGGUGUUGCGUUAUCUGCACAAAAGUUGGGUUGUGAUGCUGUAGUUGCGAUGCCCGUUACAACUUAUGAAAUUAAACUGAAGACGGUGGAGAGGUUAGGUGCUAAAGCUGUACUUGUUGGCGACUGCUAUGCUGACGCACAACAAUAUGCAAAACAGCGGGCCAAAGAAGAAGGCCGAACAUUUGUACCUGGUUUUGAUCACCCGGAUGUCAUAGCGGGGCAGGGGACUGUAGGAAUGGAGAUCGUGCGUCAAAUGCCGACUCCAUUACAUGCAAUCUUUGUGCCUGUUGGAGGUGGUGGACUGAUAGCUGGAAUUGCUGCCUAUGUGAAGACAGUUGCCCUGAGGUAUGUCAAGAUUAUUGGGGUGGAGCCAUAUGAUGCAAAUUCAAUGGCACUAUCACUUUUUCAUGGGCAGAGAAUUAUGCUUGAUAAUAUAGGAAGAUUUGCAGAUGGAGUUGCUAUGGAAGUGGUUGGGGAAGAAACUUUCAAGUUGUGCAGAGAACUGAUGGAUGGAGUAGUACUUGUAAACCAGGAUGCUAUCUGUGCUUCAAUAAAGGACAUGUUUGAGGAAAAAAGAAGCAUACUUGAACCAGCAGGAGCCCUUGCCCUUCCUGGUGCAGAAGCAUAUUGCAAUUAUUAUGGUCUGAAGGGUGAAAAUGUUGUAGCAAUAACCAGUGGAGCAAACAUGACCUUUGAUAGACUAAGCUUGGUAUCCCAACACGCUGAUGUUGGUAGGCGGCAAGUGUCUGUCCCUGCUUCAUAUGUUCCAGAGAAGUGGGGAAAGUUCAAACAGUUCUGUGAACCGGCGAGUGAUGGAUCAAGCAUUGAAAAUGAGAUUCUCUGUCGGUUUGUCAUCCCCGAGAGGCCAGGUGCUCUAAUGAAAUUACUGGAUGCCUUUGGUGGCCGUUGGAAUAUCAGCAUGUUGAAUUACCAAAGACAGGUUGUGCUCAACAUUCCUUUAGCUCAUUGGCUUCUCAAUUAUGUAAAAGCUCACUUUUAUUUCAAUAAUUUUCUCCAAAAUGAUUUGUUUUCACUCGAAUGUUGUUUCUCACUAAAAUUUACUUCUAAGAAGAGCAUAAAGGGUAUAUUGUGUCUGACCUCCUUACAGGGCCAGAAUGGUGGAGAUGUGUUGGUUGGUCUCAAAGUUUUAAGCUCUGAGAUGGAUGAAUUCAAAGCUUUGGCUAACAGUCUAGGAUCUGAUUAUGCAUUUGAAAUAAGCAAUGAAACUUUACCGCUACUGUUACAUCAGUAGAUAUUGGACAUUUACUUGAAAGGGUGCUACUGCAUGUUUCAUGAAGAAAUCAAUCUGAGCUGUUAUACAAAGAGAAAUUAGGAACCAAGGAAUGUCAUUACUAUUAUAAAAAAUCUGUCACAAAAAUUAGACAGUGUAGUCGUUAUUUUCGUAAUAUGAUGAAAAUUUACCAUGAAGCUUAAGAUUAA